AAGUAAAGCAGUUGAGAUCUGUUUUUAUUGAUCCCGGUUCAAUAAUAUGAGCAUCCGUGAGUUGAGAGCGUGUUCGUGCCUCCAAUCCAACUGUAUAAUAAAUAAAUACAUGCAUCCGUGACUUACAUGAAUAAAUACCAACGACGAUGGUUGCGCGGGCUUGCAGUUACUAAUCUCACGCGCUUCUUGAUCUUCUCUCAACUCUGAUGCAUUUCAAUUUACAAUUUCCAAUAAUUCUACCCAACAUGCACUUUUUUCCUAUGUUUAAUCUGGAAAAUCAAUUCAAAAUGCGUGAUCCGAUCAAUCCUCACUUGUGAAAUAAGCAGAUCAUUUCAUCACAGAUGGGGAAAAAAGGAGGAAGCUGGUUCUCGUCGGUGAGGAAAGUUUUCAAGUCAUCAUCAUCAUCAUCAUCUAAAGAGGAGAAGAUCAAGAAGGAAAUUAGCUGCAGGCAUGAGGCGCCGGAAGUGGUUUCUUUUGAGCAUUUUCCUGCAGAGAGUUCCAUUGAUGUCGACGACACAAACAACGAGGAGAGCAUCACCACAUCAACAACGCCUGUGACUGAAGAUAGAGAUCAUGCCAUUGCCGUUGCAGCAGCAACCGCCGAAGCGGCUGAAGCUGCUGUGGUGGCUGCUCAAGCUGCUGCUAGAGUUGUGAGAUUGGCAGGUUAUGGACGUCAUUCCAAGGAAGAAAGAGCAGCAGCACUCAUUCAAUCAUACUACAGAGGAUACCUUGCUCGACGUGCUUUGCGUGCAUUGAAGGGAUUAGUGAGGCUGCAAGCACUGGUGAGGGGACAUAACGUGCGCAAGCAAGCACAGAUGACAAUGCGGUGCAUGCAAGCGUUAGUCCGGGUUCAGUCACGGGUGAGAGCUCGCCGAAUCCAAUUGAGUCAUGAUCAGAAGACAACACUGAUGCUGGAGAAGGAGGAGGAACACCAAAGAAUACAAGUUGUGAAGCAAGCAAAGCCUAAGCCCAUGAUGAGCCCCAUGAGAAGGAGGUUAGACACUACUUCCAUUAAUGAUUGGGAUAAUAAGGGUCAUAGUAGCCAGAAAAUAAAGGAAAAUGAUUUGAGGAAACAUGAAGUUGUCAUGAAGAGGGAGAGAGCUCUUGCAUAUGCUUUCAACUAUCAACAGCAACAACAAAAGCAAUUUUUGCAGCGAGAGCCUAAUCACGAUGAUAUAGGAACCUAUUAUUCCAAUGAGCAUGAAAAGGCCCAAUGGGGUUGGAACUGGUUGGAGCAUUGGAUGUCAUCACAACCAUACCAUGCUACUAGUACUAGGCACUUGGGGCAACUUGAGACCUCUUACAUGACUCUUGCUUCUACAACUUCAACCACCACUGAUAACAUAUCAGAGAAGACUGUAGAAAUGGAUAUGGUUUCAACUCCAGGCCCAAGCAGCAUCAACAUGGGCCUCACGAACCAAGACUUUCAUGACUCAAGCCUGUCUCCUUAUAAUAGGCAACAUCAGAGACUGCCGAGCCCGAAUAGACCUAGUUAUAUGGCCCCAACACAGUCUGCAAAGGCUAAGAGCCGUGUUCAAGGCCCAGGUAAGCCACAAGUUUCAUUUGUGUCUCAUAGUAACUCGUCAACAAAAGGUGGUUCUAAUAUCGGGUCAGGUUGUGAUUCUUCAAGCUCAGGUGUAGGGAAUACUACUCACCAAUUUCUAAGUAGCCCAAGCCCAAAAGUUAAUGGGAUGCAUUCACAUUCUAGACGAAAUCUGGGUGGUAGUCGUGAUGAUCUUGUUGAAGAUUAGGCCCUUCCACUUGGAGCCCACGGUUGGGUGUAAUUUGAUUAAUUUGCAUUUUCUUUCUUAAAAAGAUAAAAAAAACAAAAUUGUAAUAUUAUUACAAUAAUGUUUGUAUACUAAUCCGAUUGAUCAUAUGGAAUGAGUAUCUAUGGCCAAUAUGUAUAACGAGGUCAUGGGUUGAGAUUGUAAUUGUUAGAAGUCUUACAUUGAUUAGAGAUAUGGUCAAACAAAUGUUUAUAAAGAGUAAUGCAACCCUCAACUAUUGAGCUAGC